UUCAUUAUGUUUAGGUCAACUUUACUGUUUGUGUUUGAAGCUUUUUUACCUAACAUGGCAAGGUGAGGAGAAUAGCUGCACACAACCCAGUUCCUGCUCUACUGGGUGCAGCAGAUUCACAGCGACCACAGAUCUGGAGGAUCAUCAUCACCCCUCCCAUCUUAUUGGGGCUUCUGACCAAAGGAAAGUAAAUCUCUUCCAGUCUCAGUUUUCUGUGUGACAUCUGUACGUCCUGCUAGCGCCAGCAGAGGACAAAGAUUACAGCAGGAAACCAGAGUCUACAACAGCCGGACAUAUUAAGGAUGUUUGGGAAAACAAAGCCUUGUGCUGAGUGUAACCUGGUUCUGCUUGGAGUUAUGGGCUGCGGAAAAUCAGCUCUCACAGUCAAGUUUCUGACAAAACGCUUCAUCAGUGAAUAUGACCCUUAUCUUGAGGACAUCUAUUCAUCAGAUGAGAUCGUGGACCAACAGCCUGUUACUGUUAGAGUGAUGGACACCUGCGAUCAGGAGGGUCCAGUGAAUUGUGAGCGAUAUCUGAAUUUUAUUUUUUUGUAUAACUUGGAUUUGGAAAUUGUACCCCCACCCCCCAAAUUAGACAAGGAAUUGGUUGAGUGGGGAGAUCAGAACAUUCAGUCCUUUCUGCUGAUGUUUUCUCUCAGGCAGGUGAGUCAGAGUGAUGCUGAGGCCUUGGCGACUCGCUACGGCUGCUUGUUUUUUGAGGUUUCUGCUUGUCGUGACUUCCACUCCGUACAGCACAUCUUCUACAAAGCUGUGCGGAGAGCCAAGCCAUGCAACGAACGCAGGAAUUUGCUCAGUGCCGCCUACGUCAGCGAGGACAAAGCGCUGCUUGGCGUCCACUCUUUCUCCGCUCUGGACUACAAGGAGCUGCCAGCUCCCACCACCGCCAAGCUGGUCACAGUGAAGACUUCCAGGGUUCAGAGCAAACGGAGGGCUGCCACACUCACCCUGCUCAAGGGUUUUAAGAUCUUCUGAUCCUUCUGGCUUACAGCUCUGCAUUCGUUAACAUGGUGACUGGGAUUUCUAUAAGUUAAACUGAGAGGUUUAUAGAACACAGGGAGAACAGAGCAGGAGGGCAAUCUGUCCAUACAAGGUUUUUCACUGGUCAUGUCUUUUAUCAUUUAGUUAAACUAGUUAAAACAGGGAUUCUUAACUCCUCUUGUUGGGUUUAAUGACUCUUUAAAUGUUUGUUUUUACUGUAGGUUUUCACUGUCUAUCUGCAACCAAAUAGUCCAUCAAAACUCCUUCAGAAAACUCAUCACAUCUUACAGACUGUCCUCUAAUAUAUUAACUGAUAAAGAAAAAACAGACGGGGAAAAAAAAUUAUCUGCUGACUUUUAUGGGAUUUCAGAAGGUAGCAGCAUCAAUAUAAAACCAAUCAUUAGGACUAACAGUAGUAGGCAUUCAUAAUUUCCCCACUUUCCUUGAUGGGCCCUUGGCUGGUCCUUGGCUGGUCCUUGGCUGGCCCUUUGCUGGUCCUUGGCUGGUCCUUGGCUGG